AUGCCUCCCUUAUCUUCCUCCUCAACAAAUUUUAACCCAAAUCCAUAUAUAUGUGAAGGUUUAUCAAAACAUCUCUUUUUCAGUAAGAUUUUACCCAUCCUACCAGUCGAAUCAGCCCUCAGAACAUGUCAAGAAGUAGAAGAACAAGGCUCUUUUCUUCACUGUAGAUCAAUAGCAAUCUGUGUUGCAAUAUCAAGAGACUUAAAUCCCAUUCUAGAAAAUGCAAUGGAUUUAAUCGAUGAAUUAUUGGGUAAUGAAGCAUCUAUUAUAUCUCAAGAGAUCAACGAGGAUACGGUACAAUCCAUAUUAAUUGUUACUAGACUAAUGACUGACGUAAUGGAAUACUAUUGGAAAUCUAAAGAAAAUAAUAACAACAACAACAAUUAUAAUUACAAAAAUAUUUCUAUACAAUCAUUUGAAAAGCAGGAAAAAUCAAAAAUAAAUGCUACAGUAGGGUUUGCUACCAAUAGACCAAGCUUCCAUAAUGUCACUCCAGGCCCCUUAGAUCCUGCCAUUGCCACAAGAAUAGUGAAUCUAUCAACAAGAAUCAAACUACAUUCAAAAACUUUCACUAUCCUCAAAAAUAUGGCACUCUAUAAUCCCUCCAAUAAUAACAAUAACAAUAAUAACAAUAAUCCAGAUGUUAGUAGUAGUAAUUAUUAUGGUUUUAACAAUAAUAUUAUGCCAUCGUAUAAGAAUUAUCUAGAAGAAAAAGGUUGGCCAAGUUAUGCAGAUAAAAUUGAUACAGCAAUAGAUUAUAUGUUAAAAUUCGUUUCUGCAUCAAAUCCAAACGAAUUUAUAAAAUACACACAAACUAAGAUUAUUACACCUUUAAUCAUUAACCACAUCAUUAACGAAUCCAAUGUUGUUCAGUAUUUAGAUAUAUUUGGAUCCUUCUAUCUCACACAUAAAAAUGUUGGUAAUUUUCUGGAAUUAGUCAAAAAAAUAUCUUCAAAUAUGAGAAAAACUGUAUACCAUGUACUAUUCUUACAUUACACAUCUAAAUCAUUUUUAUUUUGGAUUAUGGAAAGACCAAAGGAAUAUAUUCAACUAUAUCAAAACCUUCUGCAUUAUGAUAAUGAGAAUACUGAUCCUUCAAUUAAAGAGAUUCCAAAUACCAUAUGUGUUCUAUUUGAUAACAUUUAUUCAGAUUUCAAUAUUUCUCAAUAUUUAACAUCUCUGAGUGAAACAAAUAAUAAUAAUGAUUCAACUAACCACAACAAUAACAACAGUAACAGCGUUAAAAGUAGUGUUUCUUCAAUAAAUUAUCAUACAACCGAUAAAUUUACAUCAGAGUCUCCUAUGCCAAUAUUAAUUAGAAAUCCCACAUCUUACAGUGUGUCAUCGUCUAGUGAAGACCAUUCAACCAUAUCUUCUUCUUUACAUAACAGUAAUGACCCUCAAAAGAAUUAUACAUCCAAAAAGGAGGAUUUACAAAAUUUUUAUCCGUUUUCUAUUAAGAUUGAAAAUCCGGAAACCACAAAUAAAAAAUUUGGCAAUACUUAUGAAUCUACAUCACAUUCUUUGGUAAAUGUUUUGGAAUUAUACACAAAUUUUAGUGAUAUUAACUUAAUAUCAUAUCAAUCAAUUCUACAGUUUUUAUCUAUGCUUCUUUUCCUUGAUACUGAAGUAUUUGUGGAGAUUAAUAGUAUGAAAUUUAAACAUCUGCGGGAUGCAACUGUACUUUCAAGUGAUCUCAAAGAUAAUAAUUCCAUUAAUUACACCUCUAGUACUAGUAAUUUCCCUACUACUCCUAAUAAUAACCAUUUAAGUAGUCCUACUAAUAAGAAAAGAGGUAAUUCUAUGAGUCCCACAUUAUAUGAAGAUCGAACACAAAGUAUUAAACAUUUAACAUAUAAUCUAAAAAGAUUUACCUCAUUAACAUCCUCUUCUAAAAAAUCUAAACAGAUUAAGUUUUUGAUUUUAAUAUUGAAAAAUAUAAAUGGUGUACAACUUGCUUGUGAUUCAUCUCUCAUUGAUUCAAUAAGCACAAUUUUGACAAUACUAACUAUGGCAUCUUCCAUAUCAAUGUAUAAUUCAAAAUUACCUUGUAUUCAAUUUGCAAAAAGACUAUAUGCUGUUAUGGGUACCAAUUUAAGUGUAGGUAAAGAUUGGAACACCAUGCCAAAUAAAUUCCUGAUACAUUGCCUUGACAGACAUCCGACAAUGAAGAAAAAAUUACAACUGGAAUAUUUUGUGUGUGCAUUACAGUUAGAACCGGACGAAUUUUUAAAACAUCUACAUUUAGAUAAAGAAUUAAAUUUUUUGGAUUUAGAAAAAUUAUCAAUUUAUGUUGAAGGUUUUAGAAUAUUUUUUCACUUACUUGAGCAACAACCGAUAACAAAACAAGUAGCAAAGAAUGUAUCGAAAUUUUUCAAAACCUUAUUUUAUAAAACAGCUGAUUUAUUACUAAAGGAAUUUCCAUAUUUUGAUGAAUCCGUGACUGAUAUAAUAAUCUCAAUUCUAGAUGGCUCAAUUUUAGAUAAGUUUGAAAAGACUAGAACUUUAUCAACUGUUAAUGUAUCUACUGAAGGAACCCCAUCUGAAUAUAACAAUUCUGAUGCGUCAUCCACUAUCUCCUCAAAUAGUAAAACUGUUUCAUAUCAAGAUAAUAAAACAUUAAAUAGUUCAUGGGAUGUAGAGUCAAUAUUACUAACAAAUUUUCAUGAAAUCAAAAAAUCAGAUCCAAAUUCAAAUAAAAAUCAAAACAAAGAUAAUAUUUCAAAAACAAUCAAUAUGAACACUACUGAUCAAAAUUCAACUUCUUUAAAACCUCACACAGUACAAACUAAAAAACAUAUUCCAUUAUCGUUACCUUCCGAUAAAUCAACAUCAAAUCCAUCAAGAAUAUCCACUAGAAGUCCGUCUAAUUCUGUCUCUACUCACAAAUUGACUUUUUCUAAUGUCACAAAAAAACUAUUAUCUUCAAGACAGAAUAUCCAAUCUGUGUCUUCAUCAACAAAAGCACCUUCUAGAAAAUCAUCCAGUGAAACAUUAGCAAAAGCUAUCCCACUUAAUAAUCUACAAAGCCUACAAUCAGUACAUAGUAAUAAUAGUUCAUACCUUGGUCAGCUAUCUUCUUUAUCCUUAGAACACAUAAAGGAUGCUGAUAAUGAUUAUGCACGGACUUUAAUGAUGAUAAUUUUCAGUAUAUUUAAAAGAGUAACAAAUUACUUCAUACUUCCUUCUAAAGACAUAGAUGCAGCCUGUUGGACUUCUAAGGAAUUUAAAAAUAUCAUCAAACCUAUAUUUGUUGGUGUUAUGGAUAAGAAUAUUGUACUACAACAUUCAGCUCAGUCAUUUAUGGAUGUAUUAACCAAUUAUAUUGAAGAAGCAUGUGAAGAUGCACAGGAAGAUCAAAUAAAUGAAUUUUAUGUUUUAAGCAGUUAUACCAUUACCUUAUUUUCUGCAGCACUAUUUGAUAGACAUGUUGACAAUCCAAAAAGAUUAGCAAUAUUAAAAAUUAUCAUAAAAUUUUUAAGCAUCAAGGCAAAAUUAAGGAAAAUUACUGCAAAAUCAAAGAAGUCAAGCAGUAUCAUUAAAAUAGAGACCUCAGUUUUCCCCAUUGUUGCAACAACUCUAGGUGCAGGCCUUUUCACAUCACUAUUUUGCAAUACAAACGACUUUGCCAAUCUUCUCAAAGAUGCAUAUUCUUAUUAUUAUAAUGGUUUAAAAUUCUACAGAAAAUACGUUGGAAAAAUCAAUAGUGUAUACCUCUACAAUAUAGAUUUUAUUAAAACUAUAGCAACAGAUGAUUUUACUGCUUCAGGCUCUGUUGCAUUUCAGAGAAGACUAAAAAAUAACAUUGUAAAGUAUAUAAAGUUCCCAGAUUCUGUUAUCUUAGAGGCUAUGAACGCACUAUACAACAAAUGGUUAGGCUACUCAAAAUUAAAAGUUUUAACUCAAAAACAAUUAAAUGAUUUUAAAAAUAUUGCAGGCAUUUUAGCUGCCAUAUCUGGUGUUUUCUUAACAACAAGCCCUGAAGCUUUAAUUGGAUUUAAGAAAUUCCCUUAUUUAGAUGAAAUGAGAAAAGACAUUACAGAAAAAAUUGAUUACUUUAUAAAGUUGCAAUGUAUCUGGUUAAAUGACUCAGAGUUGCUCAUAAGAGAGAUUGCUAAAGAUCUUUUAAGUAUAGAAUUACAUCCCCUUUCAUACGGAAUACUUUUCAAAAACAUUAAGGUCAAAAUCGAUGAAUUAAGUACCAUCGAUCUAACUUUACCAGAUCAGGAAUUAUCAUAUAUUUUAUUAGAACAAAUGAUUAUUAUAAUUAGAACAAUACUGAAAAGAGAUGACGAUAACCAAAUCAUUAUCUGGUAUUCUUUGCAGUUGAUAAAUUCCAUAACUGAUAUCGUAAAAAUUGUUCAAAAAAUUGAUCAUAAGUCGAUUAGAUAUUACAAAGCUAUAAUUCAAAUGUCAAAAAUGUUUAACAGUCUCGAAUACUCAGAAGAAUUUCUAUGCAUCAAGAGCCAUUUUGCUCUAAAAAAUAAGUGGAUCAAAUUAGUGAUAUCAUGGUUUGAAGAAACACUUAAUAAAAACUAUGAUUUUGAAAACAUAUCUAAAUCUCAUAGAGAUAUGGAUCUUAAAAAACGGGAUUUGGAUAUAUUAUAUAUCGAUACCUCAAUUGAAUCAUCCAAGGCUCUUGCAUAUCUAACAAAAGAUGUCCCAUUAGAAGUGUCAUUUGCUAAUACAAAAGAAGAAAUGAAACGAUCUGCUAGUGUUGUGUUUGGUAACUACUUUACAAUUCUACUGAAAGGUUUAGAAAAAAGUACUAAUCUUGACAAAUAUCCGGCUGCAUUAAAACACAAGAUUAGUUUAUUAAACAGUAAUUUAAUAACUGCCUUAACCAACCUGUCAAUUGCAAAUGUUGAUUCCAGUUUUCAAUUUACACUACCAAUGGGUUAUUCUAAAGAUAAAAAUAUUAAGAUUGCUUUCCUAAAAGUUUUCAGUGAUAUUACCAAUAAUUAUCCAUUUCAGGAAAGUUCCUCCAAAUCAGCACAACAGAAGGCUGUGUCUGAAUUAACUACAAUUCUUCUCAAGUAUCCUAAAUUUGUUUAUUUAGGUAGUCUUGUCUGUCCAUCUGCUGAGAUAGACGCAUACGCAGUUGGUGUAAUCAAUGCCUUUGAAACGAUGAAUGCAGGUCAUAUUGUUGUAUUGCAGUUAAUCACGUCAGAAAUACAUAAUGCAACAAAGUAUUUGGAUGUCCUAAGAAGAAAUAGUUGUGCGACAAGAGCACUCUCCCUUUAUGCAAGAGCUAAGGGUAACAGUUAUUUGAUUAGAACUCUGCGUCCAACACUUCAAGAGCUAAUUAACAAAAAGGAUUACUUUGAUAUAGAUAAACCUACACAGGAAAUAGAUAUUGAAAAAUCUGUUAAACUUUUUUAUCAUACCUCGAUAAAUUAA